AUGGCGUCAAACCCAGAAGCCAUGCGCAAGCAACAAGACUUGCAAACGCAGUACAGCAAUUAUAAAAACACGCUUCAGAGUCUCGCCCAGAAAGUGGGAGAAAUUGAGCAGGAGAUCGAGGAGCACAAGCAAGUACCACAAGCUCUGGACGGGCGACAGAAACUCAUUGAGGGGAACCGCAAAUGCUUUCGUUUGAUCAAUGGUGUCUUGGUGGAGCGGACAAUUGAAGAUGUCCUGCCCGCGCUGAGCACCAAUUCAGACGGCUUGAAGCAGGUCCUGGAAGAACUGGUUAAGCAAUACAAGGCAAAGCAGGAUGAGCUGGAUAAGUGGAAGGCAGAAAAAGAACAACAUUCAAGUGGUGCAGAACUGAGUCUUGUGAACCGAUGCUUCCUCAGGCAGUCCACAAGCUAA